UGAACGGCUCGAGGGCCGAGGUCGGACCGGACGUCGCCUCCAAACUGAGCAGUUUGUUCGCCGGACUUCCUAGUUUGGCGGGUCCCCAACGCCUCGCCAGUUCCCUCAGGCAGAAAUUCGCCAAUAACUCCGGUUGCCCCCGGCCCGGCCUGAUGCGCGCCGCCCCAAUCGCGACGAUUCCUUCGUCACGAUCACUCCCAAGGUCGCAUCAAGUGAUCGCGUGAUUUAGCCCCUCUCGCUAGACGCUGGAGGACGUCCCUGCUCAGUUAAGGAAGAGAAAGAGAGAUACAUAGAUCGGCCACCAUGACGACCAUACCGAUACUCAACAUUGAGCUGAGCGAGCUCAAGGAGAUAGUGUGGGCCAAGUUGCAGGAGCCUAAGGCUCAGCGAAAGUUGGUACUGAUUAUAGUUUCGAUAGCGUUGCUGCUCGACAACAUGCUUUACAUGGUGAUAGUGCCUAUCAUACCCGAUUACCUGAAAUACGUGGGCGCGUUCGGCGAUGUCGAGGACGAGGUGAACACGACGGACACGCCGUCCCACCACGGCCAAGAUUCAGCCACGGGUGUGUUGUUCGCCUCGAAGGCCAUAGUACAGCUGAUGGUGAACCCGUUCUCGGGCGCGUUGAUAGACAGGAUCGGUUACGACAUACCCAUGAUGAUAGGAUUGUGCAUCAUGUUCCUGUCCACCGCAGUUUUCGCUUGCGGCCGAAGCUACGGGGUCCUCUUCUUCGCGAGAAGCUUGCAGGGAGUUGGCUCAGCGUUCGCCGACACCAGCGGCCUGGCAAUGAUCGCGGACCGUUACACGGAGGAGGCGGAGCGAUCGAAGGCCCUGGGCAUCGCCUUGGCCUUCAUCAGUUUCGGCUGCCUGGUGGCGCCACCGUUCGGCGGCGCCCUCUACCAAUUCGCGGGCAAAGAGGUCCCCUUUCUGAUCCUCGCUUUCAUCAGCCUGGCGGACGGCGUGAUGCUCCUCCUCGUGAUGAAGCCGAUCAAGGAGCAAGUGAAGCAGAGGCAAGGGGAGAUGCGUCAAACGAUACCUAUUUGGCGGCUGCUCAUGGACCCGUACAUAGCCGUGUGCGCGGGAGCUCUGAUGAUGUCUAACGUCGCGUUGGCCUUCCUCGAGCCUACCAUCUCCCUUUGGAUGGAGGAUAACAUAACCAGGGACAAUUGGAAAAUGGGGAUGAUCUGGUUGCCGGCCUUCUUCCCCCACGUGUUCGGGGUGAUGAUCACCGUGAAGAUGGCCAAGCAGUAUCCCCAACAACAGUGGCUGAUGGCCGCAUCGGGCCUAGCUUUGGAGGGCAUGUGCUGCUUCAUAAUACCGUUCUGCAGCAGCUACGGCGCCCUCAUGAUCCCGUUGUGCGGCAUCUGUUUCGGGAUAGCGUUGAUCGACACGGCCCUGCUCCCCACUCUUGGCUACCUGGUCGACGUGAGAUACGUCUCGGUCUACGGGAGCAUAUACGCCAUAGCCGACAUCUCGUACAGCGUGGCGUACGCUGUGGGGCCUAUCAUAGCUGGUGGCGUCGUCGAGGCGAUCGGUUUCACGGCUUUGAACAUCGGCAUAGCCUUCUCCAACCUCCUCUACGCGCCCGUGCUCAUGUACUUGAGGCACAUCUACGACUUCAAGCCGUUCCAGGACGAGGCAGACGUCCUCAUGCAAAACCCGCCCGACAAAGAGUACCAGACGUACGUGUUGCAGGAGCAGAGGCCCCUCUCGGGCGAGGUGGGCAACCAUUUGAACCAGACGCGUAUGGAGACGAACGUGGAUCAAGGCUACGUGGAUCAGAAUUACCAAGCUGGCCAGAAUUACGAUCAGAGCGGUUACGGGCAGAAUAUUAACGCGGUUGGAUAUACUCAGCCAUCCACCGGUUACGAGCAACCGCCUGUGUACGAGCAACAACCGGCCAAUUACAUGGGCCAACAGCCUAUGGCGUACUCCCAGCAGAGGCCGUACUCCCAGCAAGAGCCCCAGGCUGGAGGUCAAGUAGACGUGAAUCCGUUCAGGAGGCCUGGAAAUGUCGAUCAGAAGCCCUCUGGCGAUAGCAAUCCGUUCAGGCAAGGGAUGUAUUAACGCGAUUCGUGAUUGGAUUCGUCAUCGGAUUAUGCACGCCGCCAUCGCGAAAUAGUCUUCGAGAUAGGCUUCCACUUGUCAAGAAUAUUAUUAUCCCUCGCAUUAGGUAUCGAUCCUCUCUCCCUCUCUCUCUCUUUCUAUCUCGAGAGUCUUACGAAAGCAACGAGUUGUUCUCUUGUUCACUUUCUGUGAUUUUUAUCAACACCGACUCGCCUCGGUCCUCCUCGUACGAUCGUUAUCGAAACAGACGACUAUUUCCAGAACGGUUACUUCAACAACGAAGUGAUAAUGACCGUUCUUGAUUAGUGUCUUGUUACGUUUCUUGAUUCGAAAUUAAAGAUUGAAAAUAUUGAUCGAAGGGAGACGAGUGUUUAUUUUCAAUCCUUUUAAUAAAUUAUCUAUCCACGUUUCUUUUCAAUUCAAUUCAACGAUCGAUAAAUCAUCGGUGUGAAAAUUGUUGAUCAAUAUCUCUUCUUCUUUCCCUUUCGAAUUUUAUUUUAUAUUUUUUGAAGAGAGACGAAACACGAUAAGACACUUUGCAAACUCUUUCGACGACGUAUCGAAAAGAAUCAGAUCAUAGCAAAUGGAUAGCUGUCGGAGAAAUAUCGAGGAUAUACAAACGAAAUCGUCAUCUGUGAUUGGAAAACAUGACGUAUCGACGCAUAGGAGCGUGACAUUUCGAUGAAACGAAACGAAACGAAAGAGAAAUAAUGAGAAUAUCAUGGAUAAAUGUCAAGGAUCGAAUUUAAGAAGAAUAAGAAUAACAAUAAGAAGGAAAAGGAUAAACAAUCGCAACGGGAGGCUUCUCCUCAGCAAGGGCCCUCGUAUUUGCGCGUUUGCCACCAAGAUCGGCAAAAUCGUUUAGUUUUUAUUCGUUUUUUCGUUCGUGUUUUCAAUUGCUGAAAACGGAAGCAAGCAUAUCACUAAUUAAGGCGACAAAUUAGCAUCUAUGGAGGCUUUCACGUAGGUAAUUGUAUAGAUGACGUGUAUAUAAGGGGGAGACGCCAGCCUCCCCCCUUAAUGCGUGAUGUAUAUUGGUACUGUUGCGAAUUAAUUGAUAUCCAUAAUCAUCACAUCUCCAUAUCAUCAUGGUCGAUAUUUUUGAUUCUUUAUUACGAAUUGUUUAUCACUUCGAGUCGAUGAUAGUUUUAAUAACGUUGAUCUUAGGGGCAAGGAAUUUUUUUCCAUUGAUUUGAAUCGUUGUAAAGAAUCAGAAAUUUUAUACAGGUUUGAUAUUUAUAAUUUUUAAUAUCGAAUAUCGUAUUUAGGAUGCUUAGUUAGUUAGCUCGGUUUAGAAUUCUUUUCGCCAAUCAUUGGUCAUAAAUGAUUAACGAUUCGUAUCUCGAGGACAUGCUACAUAUCUGUGUAUUUUUAUGAACUUAGUUUUGUACGUAGGUUCUGUUCGAAUCUCGUUCGUUUGAUUCGAUUUGAUGGAGAGUCGUGCAAUAUUUAGGUAAUUACCUUAACAUUCCUAUUAUCUAUUAUGUACAUACAUAUAUGCAUAUUUAACUAUUUAACUACCAUGCGUCAGAGAUUCGCACGUAAAGCUUCACGAGUCCUUCGAAAUUGUUCUCUCGAAACAAAUGCAAAAUUUUACACCUCCUAUAUAAUUAAACAUCUAGGAUAUUUAUACCGAUUAUAUCAAUCAAUCGUAUUUAAAAUCUUCGUUAUAUUUUAAUUUUAACUUCGAUCGUGAUUCUUUUAAACUCUGUUCGAUAAAGCUUGAGAAACGUGUACAAAAGUUUGAAUAAAUAAUUAAAUUAAAAAGAAGUGUAUCCGAAAUCGUGUGAAUCGUACAACAUUUUUGAUUUCCUUCUUCUUACUUAAUAUAAAGAUCGUUAUUAAAAAGGAAAGAAAAAAAGGUCUCGAAGAAAGAAACGAAACGGAAAAAUUUAAGAGGCUCGUUAAAUUUUACGCUCGUGUCCAAAUCGCAUUUUCGUACCUACUCGUCAAUACUCAGAGAUGCCGCGAAAACGAAACGUGUCGUCGGCGCGCGAUUCGAAAAAUAUUGGACGAUUUCCGCCGGAAUAUACGUGGCAAACGAUCAGCCCAAGGCUUUCGAAAAUGAUUCUAAUCUAACCAAUGCAUCGAUCGAAGCAGCAGAUUCGAUGUUGGUUCGAUGAAAGAAACCGAAUGCACAACAUUCAGUUUCAGUUUAGAAUAAUUUGUAUGAUGAAAAGAAAAAAAAAAAAAAAAAGGAAACAGGAGUCAAAAUCCUUGAACGCUGUUCGUUCGUCGCAUCCCUCGAAAUCGUCGAAAUGAGUGCUUUGAGUUUCACAGUGCCUGAACUUUCGAGUUUUUAUCCCUCCCCUCCCUCUCCUCUCUCCCCUCUCCCCCUCGUUCUCGUGAAAAUUCGUAACGCGAAUCGUGCGUAGAUCGUCCCUAAUCUCGAUAAAUAGAGUGUAUACACUCGAGUGAAAAAGCAGCGUGGUAGGAAUUAGGAAUUAUUACCUUGUAUUUUUUUAGGGUGUAGGGUGUAUGGCAGAUUUUCGUUUUUUCCCUUCGUUAAUAGAGACGAAAAUUUUAAAAUUUUAUCUCGUGAUAUUAAGAUAAUUGUACACAUAUAAAUGUACAGGGGAUAUUUCGUGAUAAGUGGGGAAUAUUUUUACGUCUUAAAAAUUAACGAUAUAAAUUGAGAUGAUUUUUCGAUUUCGAAAUGAAUGUGAAAAGUGAAAAAUGAAUCGAAGAAAAGAAUGAAGGCUAAUAAGAUUUUUAUCGAUAUUAAUUUUCAUGCAUUAUUAUUUUCUGUGGAAACAAAAUAGUUUAUCAAUAGUAGAUCUUUUCUCUUUGUCUUUCCUUUAAUAAUAAUUUGUUACACGAAACUUGAAAUGAUCACUUUUUCUUUCAACUUUUCAACUUUUUCUUCCGUUCACUUUUCACUUUAUUCACGAUAUUGCCCACUCAUCACGACACAUCUUGUAUACACUAGCAUUGAUAAUUUCGUUUCUAUGAGCUGGCCUCCAUUUAACAAACGAUCUUUUAGCUAGUUAAACGAUACUGCAACGUCGAUGAUCGAUGAAACGAAACUGAUUUCCGCAAAUUCAGAGAUUUGUGAUAUAUGUAAGAUUGUUUUAUUAAAGUUUUUAUCAUUGCAUCGGGAAAAAAAGGAAAAAAGAAGAAAAAAAAAAAUUAAAAAACUCUUUCCUUCAUUUUAAUAUUUUCGAUUAUCGAAAAUUAUCGAUCAUUUCUAGAAUUUUCUACGACGAGUGUGUGUACAUACGUUACAGUUAAACAUUGCAAUUGUUUAAAUAUAUCUUAAAAGUAUAAUACGGGCAGAGAUUGUUGUAGCAGAAGUAUCGGAAUAUAUUGUAUCCCUCGUAAACGAUAAAUAAUAAAUUCGAGCAAGCGUUGUCAAGCCUCUUAAGAUAUAAUAAAGAUAUAAUUAUUUCAUACGUUCUAACUAAGAGUUUCUCAUAAUUAAUUGUACCGCGUGAUUUUUUUUACACGCGAAUUUAUUUCAAACACGUCGUUCGUAGUAUUUUCGCAUAGUACAACGAAUAUUUUCCCUAUUUUUCGUAAACGAUAGAGGUUAGAAUAGGGUGUAUAGAACGUAGAAAUUCUAAUACUUCUCUACACUAGUUCUCUGCGUAUAUAUAUAUAUAUAUAGUAUAUUCUUUAUGUAUAAUUUAAUAUCGUACUGUAUCAUAACGACUUGUGUAAUGUUAUAUCGUGUUACAAGUUGUACAUGUAAUAUGCAUAUAACAUUAUACACGUGAUAUAAUCUAAUAUAUUUAUAUCAUGCAAGUAAUUGUUCUAUACAUAUAAUAAUCCUAUAUAUAUAUGUAUAUGUAUACAUAGAAAAAAAAUUUUAUUUCAUUUCAAUAAUAUGAAGUGUUCGCUAUUACUGUUGAUAAUAUUUGAGUGAAAAUCGUAUGAAAAUCGCAUCAUCAUCGAGAAAUAUUUUUCUCGUGAAUUUUUUUUAAUAUCCUCGCGAAAAGAAAAAAAUAUUGUCAAAGAUUGGAUAAAUAUAUUCAAUUAUUAAUUAUUAUUGCAAUAAGUAUUUUUUUAAAAUAUAAACUCACUUUGUAAAUCGAUAUUUGGUGCAUAAAUAUAACAUAAAGGAAAAGAAUUAAAUAUUAAUUUAUUAUAUAACUGAUUGAAAAAAAAUAUUUAUAUAUUUCUUUAAACUAUCAAGAAGAACGUCCAAACGAACAUUUUAUAUUACGUCAGAAAAUUAACUAAUUAAUUAAUAUUACGAAUAAAAGAAGAAACGAAUAAAUAAAAUAUUAUCGAGUAAAACCAUCUAUCGUGUAUACCUCUACAUCGCAAUGUUGUAUCACUAUUGUACACAUACACGUAAAUAAUACACAUAUACAUAUAUGUAUAUAUAUAUAUAUAUUUACGUACCUUAAAAACUUGUGUUGUCGCGCGGGCUCGUUUUUCUCUUUUCUUUUUGUAAAUACGUUACGCGCGCCCGCGCGCUAAAUAUAAUAUUAAAAAGAGAAAAGGAAAAAAAAAAAAAAACAAAUUAUUAUGUAUAGCGAUCUUUCCCUUUUUCCAUUACGAGGGACCUGCGUAACAAUAAUAAUAUUAAAUUACGUAUCAUCUCGCCUAUGUGUAUUAUAACGAUUGUGCGUGUUGUGACGAAUAGCACGAAUAGGCGAGUGAUCUAAAUGCGCGAACAUGAGAUAUAAAUAAAUAAAAGGAGGAAAAAAAAUAUAGAGACGAAAAACGUGGUUGAGAAAGGAGGGAAAGGUCAGGUAUGUUUAAAAAAAGAAAAGCUUCGAAAAAAGAAAGAAAGAGAGAAGAAAAUUAGAAGUAAAUUAAGAAUUAAGUUGGAUUGAUGCAAAAUUAAUGGGAGUUUAUAUUUCGAACAUAUAAUUCCAUAAUGAUACAAAUUUCGAACAAUGUAAUUCGUCUCGAUUUUUGCAAAUAAUCCAUUUAAACCGUGUUCUAGAUACACGAUGUGUUUGAAGAAGAAUAAGGAAACACGUUUUAUAAGCGUCAAACGUCCAUUUUCUUUUUUUUUUUUUUUUUUUUCGUUUGAACGUUGAUAUUAUUCCCACACAGUGUAACGAAUCUUAAUAAAUUAACGUAUUUUUGCUCAAACUCACCUCGAAUAUUUUCGCUCUUAAUCGUACAGCUUGAUUAUAGAGGCUACGACUAUUAUUCUUCCCUAAUAAAAAGAAGAAUAAGAAAAGAAAGAAAACUUCUAUUAUCCUUGCGUCAAUCUGAUCUACAAUAUGUCCUUGCACAAUUGUGUUGCAUGAUGAUAUAAAGAAGGAUAUGGCGGUUAUUCUGGUUUAAAAAAAUAUAUAUAUAUACAUUUACGAAAGGUGGGGAGAAGAAGUGUCGCAAAUUGAAAGAUUACACGAAAUUACGCCCUCACUUCCGGCGUAUGCAUAUAAUACGUAAAUCGCGCACGUGCACACAUUAACGAGUACACAGUACAAGUAUCCAAGUAUAUACGAUAAAAAAGUAACGAGUAUAAAUAAGAACGAAGCGAAAGUUGGAAAACGGUGAACGCUCACGAAGGGAAAUGGAAUACGCACACGCGCGCACGGACGAAAACGUAUGUAUGUAUGUAUGUAUAUUUCAAGGAAUCAAGUAUCGAGUAUGCGCGGUUUAUUUGAAAAUCUAUGAUGAUACCUGUAAUGUUGUUGAACCGGUUAUUAAAGAUGUCAUUGUUACCGAAGAAUAUCACGAGUUGUGCUCUUUGACACGUCAAUGACCAUUUUUAAUUAAUUAAUCCCCGUAGCGAUCGUUUCAUCAUGUUUCUGAAUGAUUUGUUGAUUGCGUUGAUCCAUGUACCGUCGAUAAUGUUGCGGUUAAUAUUCGCAGCGAGAGCAGUUGUUGAUUGAAUAAAAAAAAAAAAAAAAAAAAAAA